AUAAAAAUGACGUCACAAUAAGCUAAAUUAAAAACGAAAAGAUUCGUGAAGCGUACUGUGUGUUUAAACAUGUAUCUAGAACCCGGGUACACAGGACCAAAACGGGUUCGUCCGUCUGAACUGAAAUACUGCCACGGCUCGAUUUCAAACACAUUUGGAGAUGGGACGCCACUGGAGAAAACAUUUGAAGAUAUAGUCUAUGGACGCGUACGUCCGCAAGAUCUUCCGCCCGUGGAAACAAUGUACUAUCCUUUUGGAGGAAUCCUCUGUGUUACCAAUGGAAACAGAAGACUUUAUGUUUUUCAGAAACUUGAGUCAUAUGGAAUGAUUUCGGAGAUUACUGUUAUGGUGCGGGAGUUUGAUGCCGAGCUGUUCAAGAGUAAAAACUUAUCAUUGUGCAAUGGUAGUUAUGUAAAGGUACGAGACGGCAAUGAUAUCGAAGAGAAAUUAAACAAUAUAUGGCAGACAAGAUCUGGAUUAUUUGCUGAAUACGCCAGAUAUAUCGAACAGUUUCCGACAAGAAUUGCUGAACAGAAAUCAUCAUUCCCAUAUUUGGCCAUUUUGACAAUACUUAUAGUGUCGGUGCUUCUGUGCUAUUUCUGGAGGGCUAAUUACUGGUUUGCACCACCACCCCAUCCACCCAAAACAGGCUUCUUUGGCUGACGGGUGUACACGAUGUUAUGAUGUAAUAAUAAGCUUAUGAACACAAAAUGCAGAAGGGGUCUUGUAACUCUUUCUAUCUGACUCUCUCUCUCUCUCUCUCUCUCUCUCUCUCUCUCUCUCUCUCUCUCUCUCUCUCUCUCUCUCUCUCUCUCUCUCUCUCUCUGUGUGUGUGUGUCGCGGGGUUGUUGUUUUUUUGAGGAAGGUGUUUUAGGUGUUAUGUACAAUGUUGGAAAAAAAAUGGAUAUGAUGAGAUUUGUGUACAGAGCAUGUGGUAUAAUAGGAAGGGUGCUGUAGUGGUGUCGUUAAACAAAACAAACUUUUGAUAGGAAGGAUGUAUAGCCGAGGAUCAUGUACCAUUGUCAUGCACCGAACUGUGACAGCUAUCACCUGGUUGAAGGAAUGAGCAAGAGUCGUUGGAUCGACCCCCCCCCCCCCCACACACACACACACAUACACAGACACACACACACACACACACACACACACACACACCCUUCCAAACAUCAAUGAUGGACACGCCAGUUUAUUUACAGGCCAGAAAGCUCAGAUUAAUUUUUUAGAUGACUGUCCUUGUUUUGUUUGUUUUUUUGUGUUAUAAGAAAAAUAAUGUUUAAUGUUCUUGUUAAAAUAUGAAUUCUAGCAACAAAAAAAUCAUGUAUAUUUAAAGAAUAAUGAACCUCUUGUGAAAGUUUUAACACUGCGCUGCGAGAAUGCGGAACUUGUUUUUAGGAUAUUCACUUUUCUGCAGUGUUAGGCACUGUCUAGGACGGCCUCCGAAUAUUGCUGGUGCGUUUGCGACACAUCUUGCUACAUAUCUUGGUAAUACAUAAUGUUAUAAUUGAUAAUUAAGCGAUUAUAGGCCUAUAUUUAAGACUUUUAGCAAACUAAUACGCCAUGCAUUGAAUUAUAAGAAAACAAUUUAAACGUCGUUCGAGAUUGUAAAACUAUCUGGUAAAGUAGAUUGCCGUACACCGCCUCAAUUCGCCGUACACCUAUUUAUUUCAAAUGGUAUGCGAAAAAUGUAAUAAUGGUAAGUGGCUCCCAAAAAGUAAGACAUUAUUUAACAGGGAACAACUUGUUUGUAAAAAAUUUCCUCUAGUUGUGCCAGCCUUAUUUACCUCUACGAUGGUAGCAAUAUCCGGUGCCGUUCCCAGGUUGUGUUCAUGGGUUGGAUACUGUAGUUUAUUUCAGUGUAUGCACAAUUGGAUAGACAUUAGUUGGCAAUGGCUUUAAGAGUAGAAAUAUGGGUGAACCCGGAGAAGACGUUGUGCGUCCGCACCCACCUAAAACGCUUUUAUUUUGUUUUGGUUUGGUUUGAUUUUUAAGUUUGUUUUAUGGGUUGAAAUUAUGUUUUCAAAUUAGAAUACCUCUUUCAAACAAAAAUGUAUCCACCUGGCAAGUCAAAGGUUAUAUCACAUUUAGUGCUAUAUAGUGGAUUGUUUAACAUGAGGAUGAUAGAUGAAUUCUUACAAAGGUAGCCGUUUAAAAUUGUUGGUUGUUUGAAUAAAUCAGUGCGUAGGUGAUUGCUUUUGUUGAUAUGUGCUUAAAUAACGGAUUGCUAAAUUUGCAUUUUGUUUUGUUCUGUUUUGAAGAUGCGGUGCUUAUAAAUAAAACGUGUAUCGUUUGUAUAUAAA